AUGCUCGUCGACACCGCUUCGACGUCGCGAUCGCCGACGCCGAGAAUCGCGUCGAAACGCGACUCGCUGACGUGUAUGGUGUGCGGCGACGCGGCGCUCGGAAAACAUUAUGGUGUGAUCGCGUGCAAUGGAUGCAAGGGAUUCUUUCGACGAAGCAUUUGGAAGAAUCGCACCUACGCGUGCCGAUUCGGCGGCAAAUGCAAAGUGGCGAAAGAGCAACGGAAUGCGUGUCGAGCAUGCCGACUGACGUGUUGCCUAAAAGUCGGCAUGAAUCCGCGCGCGGUUCAAGGCGACAACAACGACGACACCGAGUGGGCGAGCGAAGCCGAGAAGCCGCUUCCGUCCGUCUGCGACAGCACCACACAAACGUGCGAUAUCGAACGACCGAUGAAGACGAAACAAGAAUUGAGAAGAGACACAUUGGUGGCGAACCUCAAAUCGGUCUAUCAUCGCACCGAUCCGCAAUACAUGUGGGAGCACACGCAUCCCGGACAAUACGAUUUCAAAUACGCGUUCUACAACACCGAAGUGGUGUCGGCGCGAACGCCGCUUCGGCCCACCGCUGAACGCGUCGCGUCGCUGGCUGACGUCGUCGACGAUUUCAGAAGAGCAUUCGUAUUAUACGCCGAUUUGAUUAAAUCGCUGCCGGAGUUCUUUCAAAUCAAUGAAGUUGAUCGCAUGCUCUUCGCAAAAUCGAGAUUCGCCUCAUUCUAUUGGUGGAUCACCGCCAAUUGGUCAGCAUCUGUUGGAUGUAAUGGCGUAUGCUACGCCAAUGGCGCAUAUCAUCCAGCCGAAGUCGACGAUAUGCCCAAGAGUGGUGGAAAACUGGGCGUUCGAAUCGAUUACAAUGGUGUCAGUCAGAAGAGUUUGGAUAAUCUCGUCGGACCUCUCAAACGGCUAAAUCUUAGCGAAGAAGAACGUCUUGUUGGAGCUAUGAUGGUGAUUGUUGCAGAUCCAGUUCCUAACGUUGAAAAAGAGACGGAAACAAUACUAUCGCGACUUCGCGACCAGAUCACUGAGAUCAUGCUUCUUUGCAUGAAUGGAACCGACGCUCAAAAAGCAGUUCGACUAGGCCAGCUGGCAUUGCUUGUUUCAUCAAUUACGGAUAUCGUGUACUUAUCAACGGAAAACAUACAACUUUCUGACGUCCUUCAUGUUAUUGACCUUGGGGAUUGGUCUUCGGAGCUGCGGCAGCACCGAUACAUGCAUAAAUUCUGA